CACUUGACACCCCUGGCCUUAGGGGUAAGCCCGGCAGUUGUUGCUCCUACUUUCUCUGCCACCCGCCUGCUGCUUCCGUCUCACCUCACCAUGCUGCCUCGCCACCGGGCCAGCCUCCUUUUUUUCGUCCUCCUCCUCUUUUCGGGCUGCGGGGCUGAGAGCCAGGCAGAGAAGGAGGAGCAGGAGAGCAAAAGCGAAACUCCGCUUCGGACGCUGCAGCUAGAAACCCUAGUAGAGCCCCCCGAUAACUGCGUGGAGCGCUCCGCGGUGGGAGACACGAUUCAAAUCCAUUACACGGGUACCCUCGAAGAUGGCCACAUCAUUGAUAGCUCACUUUCCCGUGAUCCACUGCAAGUGGAGCUGGGCAAAAGACAAGUCAUCCCAGGCUUAGAACAGAGUCUGCUGGAUAUGUGUGUUGGGGAGAAACGCAGAGUCAUCAUUCCCCCUCACCUGGCAUAUGGCAAACGAGGGUCCCCACCAUCUGUCCCAGCUGACGCAGUCCUGCAGUUUGAGGUGGAGCUGGUAGGCCUCGCCAGAGCCACCUACUGGCAGAAGGUGGUGAAUGACGUGCUGCCCCUGCUAUGCAUUGGGCUUGUCCCUGCGCUGUUGGGGCUCAUCGGAUACCACCUCUAUCAGAAGUCCCGGAUGCCCCAUGUGUCCAAGAAGAAACUCAAGGAGGAGAAGAGAAACAAGGCGAAGAAGAAAUAAAGUUGUCCUGUGCCUUUUU